UAUGAUGUGCCGUGGUUUUUCUGCGGUAUUUACCCAAAGAGGGUCUGUCUGUCCUCGGCUUUGUUCCGUGCACCGUUUAAGAGGCAUUCCUGGGAAAAAACGGAUAUGGCCUCCAAGCUUACAAUCCAUAGAACUUCUGGACCGGAGGCUGAUUAGCACAUCCCGGUCAGUCUGUAAAUUACACAACAGAGAUUUGGAGGAGAUGAUGAGAUCGUCAGAAGCCCUUUCUAAAGUGGAGGAGGAAGAAGAAGAGGAGAAAUUUGAUGCUGAUGAAAGCUUUGGGUUGUUAACUCAGAAAUACCCUCCCAAGCCCUUUUCUCGGGCACCUUCGGCUGAUUUUCACAACUUACGGCUCCAAACCAAAGAACAGGAGGAGGAGGACGACGAAGAGGAGCUAGAAAUAAAACCCAGAGGAGGUCGAAGAAAUACCCCAUACUGGUAUUUUUUGCAAUGCAAAGCCUUGAUAAAGAAAGAUAAGCUGGCUGAAGCUCUUGAGCUCUUUGAGGUACAAAUGCUGAAGGAAGAACAUCUGCAGCCGGAGGAGUUCAACUACACGGUGCUGAUUGGUGGAUGUGGCAGGGUUGGGUACCUGAAGAAAGCCUUAGGGCUCUACAACGAUAUGAAAAAGCGAGGCCUGACACCUACGAUUGCCACAUACACCGCCCUGUUCAACGCCUGCGCAGAGUCACCCUGGAAGGACAACGGUCUGCAGAGCGCCCUUAAGUUGCGACAGGAACUGGUACAAAAAGGCAUAGAGCUGAACCCAAUUGCCUAUCGAUCUUUGUUGAAAUGCUGUGCUCUGUGUUCAGAUCUCCACAUGUGCUUGGAUAUAUUAAAGGAAAUGGUUGGAAAUGGCCAUCGAAUCACCACGGAUACUUUCAACGUCUUGCUCAUGGGGUGUAUAAACGACAAAGAGAACGGGUUCCGCUACGCUUUACAGGUUUGGCAGCAGAUGGCAAAGCUCAACCUCAGACCUGACCUGUACACUUACAAUUUGAUGCUAAGCGCUGCCAAGUACUGUGGCAUUGGUGACACGGAGGUGGCUUCUAAAUUGUUGCUAAGACCCUUAGAGGAACGCCCCGCUCUCUUGGGGCUGAAUUCUGGCAGAGAGCAAAGCACAAAGGGUCAGAGAAAGAAAAAAAGUGACACUCCGGCUUUAAUGUUACUGGAUGUCGAAGCUCUGGAAAAAAACAUGUUCCCAGGAAACGGUCCGAAAACGGAGACGCCUAACACAAGCCGAGAGGAUGCCAAGGACAGGUCAAAGCCGGAGUCCAGCGAUGACUCUGAUUUAUCAGGCCGCGAUACCGACUGGACUUCGGUCAUCUCUGCUGGGGACCCGUUGGUUCCGGAAUCAACAGCUGGAAGCUCUUUCCCGGAGCCUGCCGUUCCCCUGCCUAACUUGCUGGAUUUGGGGAGCCCAGCCCCACAGGUGAUUUCCUUAGGGACGGUGGCCACCCCCUCCGAUCGGCUGGCUCUGAUGGGAAACAUGGAAGGGUUCUUGCAGAAAAUGAAGGGCGACAAAGUGGCGGGCGAUAUGAAGACGUUCAUAUUGCUAGCUGAAAACGUGGAACUCGACAGCCCGUCCGAAUCGUCUUUGUUGGCCGUCAUGGAGGAGAACCACGUGAAACCAAAUGUAGCUUUUUUUAAUACGUUGAUCAGAAAAAAGAGCAAGAAAGCAGAUCUGAAGGCGGCAAAGAGCCUGCUGCCUUUAAUGCUGCAAAAUGGACUUUCACCAGACCUGUACACAUUUUGUAACCUGGCCAUUGCCUGCCGCAGACAGAAGGAAGGGUUGCACUUACUGUCAGACAUGAAGCAAUCUGGAAUAAAACCCAACGUGCAGAUCUAUGGGGCACUGAUAAACGCAGCCGUGAAGCGACUGAAUUACACUUACCUCACCGAGAUCCUUAAAGACAUGAGCCGGAACGAAGUUGCUCCCAAUGAAGUUAUUAUUAAGACGCUGGAGUUUGCAGCCCAGUAUCCCCCUAAUUAUGAUAAGUACCAGAAAAAGGAUCAUUAUCUGGAGAAAAUUGAUGGCUUCCGAGCUUUCUACUUCGGUUGGCUUAAGUGGAUGGCCGGGGAAGAAACACCACACCCUUGGUCAAAAUACCGAUAUAAGAAUUUGGCACAAAGCAAAGAUGGCGCCAGGCUGGGACAAGAUCAAGGCAGUCAGGUGCUGAAAUAAAGCAAAUAUUGACCAUU